AUGGCGCCGCCGGGGGCUGCUGAGUGCGAUCUCGCGAGGCUCCCCCACAGGAAGGUCCUAGAGUACAAUGCCAUUGGAGGCAAGUACAACCGAGGUUUAACAGUGCUGGCAGUGUUCCAGGAUCUGGUGGAGCCCAGGAAGCAGGAUGCUGAGAGUCUGCAGCGGGCCCUGACAGUGGGCUGCUGUGUGGAACUGCUUCAAGCCUUCUUCGUUGUAUUAGACGACAUCAUGGAUUCAUCCCUUACCCGACGCGGGCAGCCCUGCUGGUAUCAGAAGCCAGGCAUAGGUCUGGAUGCCAUCAAUGAUGCCAUGCUGCUGGAAUCGUUGGAUCUCAGCAGAUUCACUGAAAAGAGGUACAAAUCCAUUGUCAAGUACAAGACAGCUUUCUACUCCUUUUACCUUCCUGUAGCUGCUGCAAUGUAUAUGGCAGGCAUCGACGGGGAGAAGGAGCAUGCCAACGCCAAAAAGAUUCUGCUAGAGAUGGGCGAAUUCUUUCAGAUUCAGGAUGAUUACCUUGAUCUUUUUGGUGACCUGAGUGUGACAGGCAAGAUUGGCACUGACAUCCAGGACAACAAAUGCAGCUGGCUGGUGAUCCAGUGUCUGCAGCGGGCCUCCCCAGAACAGCGCCAGAUCCUGCAGGACAAUUAUGGGCAGAAGGAGACGGAGAAGGUGGCCCGGGUGAAGGCACUGUAUGAGGAACUGGAGCUGCCUGCUGUGUUCAAGCAGUAUGAAGAAGAGAGUUUCAGCCACAUUAUGGGGCUUAUCGAGCAGUAUGCUGCUCCCCUGCCCCCAGCCAUCUUCCUGGGACUAGCGCACAAGAUCUACAAGCGGAAAAAGUGA